UUAAUUAAUUGUGAUUGUGAGAUAAUCCAUUUUGUAUUCUUUUAAUUUGAAGAUGAACCUCAGUAAUAAGCGGGUUAAUAAUCGUUGUUCACUUGUAUAAGCUUAAUCUACAACCAUUAAAUUACGAAAGUUUUGUGCUACUUCCCAUUUUUCAGUAAAAAUAUCAAGAGUUUCCAAUAUAAAUUUACACCAUUACACAUUACACAAUUUUUAUCAUUUGAAUCACAUUUGCUAGCUGAAAUUUGCUAGUACUAAACACUAAUUAUCCAAAAAAGAAAAAAAAAAAACUCAAUCUAAUAUGGACGCUAUUUUUGGUAAAGGAAAGGAAUUUCUCAGUUGUGCCAAAAUUGAGAAACAAGUAUCCAGCCUCCGUGAAAGAACCAAACGUCGUGAUGAUGAGGAUGAUUCUAAUGGUGAUCGCCCUCAGAGGAAAAAUUCUGAUCAUCAGGGCGAAAAACCUACCGCCGAAAGAGGUGGCGGGAAGCCUGCCGGUGGCAAUAAGACCGCCACUGAAAAUGGUGGUGGCAAGGUAGCUGCUGGAAGUGGUGGUGUCAAAGAGGGCUCCGGAAGUGGCAGCAACAACGCGGUUGCAGGGAGUGGAGGCAGCAAGUCCGCCGCCGGGAGUGAUGGCGGUAAUACUACCGCCGACCGAGAAAGAACCAAAGAUCAGGAUAAUGAGGCUGAUUCCCAUGAUGACCGCCCUCUAAGGAAAAAUUCUGAUCAGGGCGAGAAACCCGCUGCCGGAAGAGUUGGCGGAAAACCUACCAGCGGGAGCAAGGCGACCAACGAAAGUGGUGCUGGCAAAGACGACGCCGGGCAGGAUAGUGCCAGCAGGGCAGCUGCCGGAAGUGGCACUGACCGUGGUGCUAAUAAUUCAAACAAGCAUAAGCAACCAACAACUUCUGAUCUAAUGGCUAGCGCAAAGCUGUUGGCUGCAACUGCACAAGCCCAAUUAGGUGGUGGUGGUGAAGGCAAACCAAAACAAGAAAUGGAUACUGGAAAGCUUGCCGGAGCUGCUGCUGACGUCCUUGCCGCCGCUUCACAUUAUGGGAAGUUUGGCAAUGAAGGAAUCGGUAAGUAUAUCGGACAAGCUGAAGAUUAUCUUCACGGCUACGAGCUCAAGAAUUCGAAAUCCAACAAAGCUGAAGGUGGCGCCGGCCGUGGUGCCGGUGGUAGUGCGCCGUUAUCUAAUAAAAGUACUUCUAGUACAAUGGCAAGCAAGAUCUCAUCUCAGCCCCGCCCAAAGAGCAAUGGCGUCAAUUCCAGAGAUGAUGAUGAUGGACAUGAUGAGCAUAUGAAGAAUGAUUUGGGAAUGCCCAAGAAAAAAGCUGGUGGCCACUAUGACCAUGAACAUGAAGAGGAAGAUGAUGAUCAUCCAAGAGGUCGGCACGAUGAACAUUCAGGGGAAGAUGAUGAUCACCCGAGUGGUAGGCACGAUGAACAUUCAGAGGAAAAUCAUGACAAAUCUGGUGGAGGGUAUGGCGAUUAUAUGAAGAAAGCUCAAGGACUGUUCAAUAAAAAAUCUGGAGAUGCUAAUGAAAGUUCGAAGGGCGGGGAUGAAGGUGGGAUAGGUGGGAUUAUGAAAAUGGCGCAAGGUAUGUUCAUGAAAGAUUCUGAUGAUCGUGAUCACGAUGACCAUCACGGCCACAGUCGCCAUCAUGAUCGUGAUCACGAUGACCAUCACUAUCGCGAUCACGAUGACCAUCACGAUCGCGAUCACGAUGACCAUCACGAUCGUAGCCCCACCAAACGUAAUGAUGAAGGUGAGGGCAACACAGAUUUUUUAAAGAUGGCCGGAAGUUUCUUCAAGUAAUAAUAAGAAACAUAAAUUAUUUAUAUAUAUACUAUAACAUAGAAUAUCAUGAUCCAUUGUGUUAAUUUUUCUUAAUGUUUUUGUAUUUUUUGCUAUAGUUUGAUUUGAAUUGUAAUAAUGGAAACAUGUACAGUGUGGCUAGGAGCGGCCAUGCAAAUGUUAAUGUACAUGUCAAGUAGUAUAUAUUGUACAAUUUUGAGUUGAUUCAUAUUUUCUUAAUAUGUCUAAGUGUUGUACAUUGUAGUAUAGUUUCUCCAAUAAAAAAGAAAAAUUAUAGUCAUCUCAAUAAAAAUUAAAAGUAUAUUAUGAA